AUGGCUGAAGUCCCCGAGGAUUAUGAUUCCGGCCCGGAUGAAGAUGAAUGGCCGGAGCCUAACAGACCUGAACUGCCUGAACUUCGUAAAUUGUAUGAAAAUGUCGACCCAAACACCUUGGUAGAAGGCCCGCAACUACCCGCGGAGAUUGACCAAGAGCCACAGCCAGACACGGAGGAAGAGGACUUAAAAGAGGGGGAGCCAGAGAGUGCCAAGAAUGUGCAGCGAAAACCAAGUAAGACAUCCGAGGGAGAAAGUCCCAAGGAGUCCGAGGUAGACCUAUCCAGCAAAACUGAACCAGGGAUUCCCCAAGAGGUAAAGUGGAAGAUAUCCGGAGAGACAGAGCUUUUCAAAAAUUUGGAGGUCCCUGUGGAUGAAAAGGGUGAGGAGUCAGACCUAGAGCCACCAGGGGAGGCUAAACCAAAGGUUACAGAGGACGCACUUGAAGAGUCAGCCACGGAAACAGAUACAGCGAGACCAAUGGAAACCAUGUCUGAGAUUUCAAGGUCCACAACCAGUGAGACAAGUUUAGGGUUACUAAAGGAGACAGAACUGGAGGUUCCAGAGGAAUCUCUUAGAGAGCAAUAUGAAGAGACAGGUCUAGAGCCUCCAGAGCAGACCAAACCAGAUUAUCCAAGUGAGAAACCAAGAAAAUCAGUUGAAGAUCUACAGCCACCAAAGAUGACCAAACUAGAGGAGAUACCAGAGGAGACACAAAGAGAGUCAUCUGAGGAGAAAAGGACAGAGCCACCUGAGCAGGCUAAACCAGAGUUCCAAGAGCAGGAACCAGGACAGUCUACUGAGGAGGCAGGUCUAGAGCCUCCAGAAGAGACUAAACCAGAGAUACCAGAGAUUCCAGAGAUGAAAAGACAGUCAAGUGAGGAGAAAGAGACAGAGAUACCUGCGCAGACUAAACUAGAGUUUCCAGACCACAAACCAAGAAAGUCUACUGAUGGGGAAGUUCCAGAGCCACUAGAAGAGAUCACAUCAGAGUUUCCUGAGGAAGAAUCAAGAAAACCAAUUGGGGAAAGAAGUCUAAAACAAUCAGAAAAGACCAAACCAGAAGUUUCAGAGGAGAGAAGAAGAAAGGCAACUGAAGAAAAAAUUGCAGAGCCUCCAGAGACUGGUCUAAUGCUUCCACAAGAGAUCAAACCAGAGGUUCAAGAGGAGACACGAUCAAAGCCAACUGAUGAGAAAAAUCUGCAGUUACCAGAUGAAGCCAAACCAAGAGAGACACAUGUAGAAUUUCCCAAGGAAGACAGGCCAGAACCAAUCAAACCUAAUUAUUCUGUAGACAAGGAUGAGCUACAGCACCCCAAGCAUCAAACAGGAAAGUUGCCACUAAGAGAAACUGAAGAAGUGAAAAAAGACUAUUAUGCAUUAGGAUCGCUCGGAGAUGAUGAAAUAGAAUCAAUUAGUACAGAUUAUGAGUUUUCUCAAGAGCUCCAGAAACUGCUUAAUGAAGUCAGUAAAGAAUACUUAAACUCAUGUCCAUCAGAGUCCCAGACAGAAUUAAGGGAGCUCUUUAGUGAAAAAAAAGUUUCAAAUUUGUCCCAAGAGUCAAAAGAACUGGUACCUGAAGAUAAAGAAACCCAGCCAAAAACAAUGACUGAGUUUAAAUUUGAGCAUCUUGAUUGGGACCCAGAGAAAGUCGCAGAGUGGAUUAGCCAGCUAGGCUUCCCUCAGUACAAGGAGUGUUUUACUGCAAACUUCAUCAAUGGCCGAAAACUCAUCCACGUAAACUGCUCAAACCUCCCUCAGAUAGGGAUAACAGAUUUUGAGGACAUGAAGGUAAUUUCUCGGCAUACUCGGGAGCUACUGGGAAUUGAAGAGCCAUUAUUCAAACGCAGCAUCACACUUCCCUAUAGGGACACUAUUGGCUUAUUCUUAGAGCAAAAAGGUCGUACUGGCAUAAAAUCUGAUUCCUUGACCUUCCCUGAAUUUGUGAAAGCAGCAGGAUUACAGGAUUAUGCUCCACAGAUAACUGCUCCUGAAGAGAAUGAGGCAUUACAUUGCACUGAACCCUAG